AUGUGUCACUUACCUUGGACAUUUAUUAUUUGCCUCUUCGUUGUUACUUUUGGGGCUCAUAUCCAGUCGGAAAAGUACCCAAUUGUAAUAAUCCCAGGUGAUGGAGGGUGUCAGGCGUAUAGCAAGCUAAAAAACUCAACGUCACCUCCUUUUUUAGUAUGGAUAGACUUACGUUACUUUCUCGAACCGGGAAAACUAAAUGAAUACUUCGGCUUAGUUUAUGAUCCAGUCACAAGAAAGUCCAGAGAUCCUGAUAGCGCAGACGUAUAUUUCCCAGGUUGGGGUGAAACGUGGUCUAUUGAAAAUUUGGAUAGUUAUAAACAUAGCAGAACUGAAUAUUGUGGUCCGAUGAUUGAGUCAUUGCGUCGUGAUCCUUUCUUUGUAUCCAACUGGACUAUUCGCGGUGCACCCUUCGAUUUCCGUAAAGCUCCAAAUGAAAACGAGGGCUUUAAUGACAACCUUAUGCACCUGAUUGAGGAGACUUAUCAAAAUGGUGGAAACCGGUCUGUUGUUUUGCUUGGCCAUAGUUUGGGGGCUAAAUACGGGAUGUACUUCUUAAAGUCAAUGAAGAAAAGCUGGAAGAAUACAUACAUCAAGACCUUUGUCUCACUCAGUGCACCUCUUGGUGGUUCAGUAAAGGCUCUUAAAAUCGAAGCAAGUGGAGAUAACUUUGGUGUGUUUUUACGCAGUCCACUUAGUUUCCGCCCUGUUCAGCGCACGCUACCUUCUCUUGCUUUUCUCCUCCCGGAUUCUCGUUUGUGGUCACCAAAGGAACCUCUUAUUAUAACGCCAACAACAAACUAUUCUGCUCAUGACUACGAACGUUUCUUCCAUGAUGUCAAUUAUUCAAUCGGCUUCCAGAUGAUGUUGGACAGUAAAUCUAUAAUUGAUACAUUCGAAAAACCAAGUGAUAUUGAUGAAAUCUAUUGUAUUCAUGGAUCAAAUUUGAGUACCACUGACAAAAUGAUUUAUUCACCGCCCAACUUCUUUCAUAGUGGAUUUCCAGAUCAAGUGCCGACAUUGAUUCCUGGAAACGGUGAUGGAACUGUUAGUCUACGUAGUUUAGAAGUCUGUAAACGUUGGCCUGGUAUAAAAUAUUUCAUGUUACCUGGGGCUGAACAUGUAAAUAUUAUGGGAGAUCCACGUUUUAUUGAUAUUAUUCAUCGAAUUGUUGGUGCUAAUACAACUAAAACAUUAAACUGUUGUUAA